UUCUUUGGGUGCUUGUGAUUGGCUUGGCCACUUUGGUGGUGGUGAGCCGGUGGUGGCACAGCCAGCACCACCAAAAGGGCCUCAAGCUCCCCCCAGGAACCAUGGGAUGGCCCCUCAUAGGGGAGACCCUCCAAUUUAUUGGCGCCGUGGGCUCGAAAGGGACCGAAGGUUUCCUCAAAGAGAAGGCUCAAAAAUAUGGGACUGAGGUCUUCAAGAUCUCUGUCCUCGGCCGGCCACUUGCAGUAUUUUGUGGAGCUGCAGGCAACAAAUUCCUGUUCUCAAAUGAGAACCGAGUGCUUGUAACGACAUGGCCGCCCUCAGUCGCGAGGAUAUUUGGCAGUGCAUUGAACAUCGCGACAGGGGACCAUGCCAAACGAACGCGUAAACUCCUAAUGGCUUUUUUGAAACCGGAGGCGCUCCAAAAAUUCGUCAGUCAAAUGGAUUUGGUAGCUCGAGAGCACCUUAGAACACACUGGAAUGGGAAACUGGAGGUGAGGGCAUACGAUAUGCUAAAAGUAUACGCAUUCGCCUUAGCCUGCACCCUGUUUGCUAGUAUUGAGGGCGAGGAGCGUAGGGCAGAGCUCUCUGCACUCUUCAAGGUUUUUCUCAGAGGGCUAAUGGGGUUGGACCUGAAAAUUCCUGGAACAAGGCAUUAUAAGGCUAAAAAUGCGGCGGCUGCGCUAAAGAGAGAGCUCAUGAAGGAGUUGGAGGAGAGAAGGGUGGCUUUGAGUGAGGGAAGAGCGAGCCCGAAGCAAGACCUACUGUCCUAUUUACUCACCACUGCUGAUGACCAGGGCGGUUAUAUGAGCGAUACAGAGGUGGUGGACAAUAUCUUGCUCAUGCUUUUCGCUGGCCAUGACACCAGCAGUUCGACACUGUUGAUGGUGGUGAAGCAUUUGGCUGAGAAGCCUUACUUCUACAAUGAAAUCCUCAAAGAGCAAAGAGAAAUUGCCCAGUCCAAAAAGAAAGAAGAACUACUGAAUUGGGAAGAUCUCAGAAAGAUGAAAUACACAUGGAAUGUGGUGUGCGAGGUGAUGAGAGUUUCACCAUCGGUCUCGGGAACUUUCAGACGCUCCAUAACUGACUUUAACUAUGCUGGCUUCCAUAUACCUAAGGAUUGGACGCUCCAUUGGAGUGUGUAUACCACACACAUGAUGGCAGAGUAUUUUCCAGAGCCUGAAAAAUUCGACCCCUCCCGCUUUGAUGGAGCGGGACCGCCGCCCUACACGUACGUGCCUUUCGGUGGGGGACCACGCAUGUGCCCCGGGCUUGAGUUUGCAAGAGUGGAGAUUCUAGUGUUGUUGCACAAUUUGGUGAGGAAUUAUAAGUGGGAAUUGAUUUUCCCAGAUGAGAAGAUACGCAUGGAUCCAAUGCCUGUUGCUGAAAAGGGACUCCCAAUUCACGUCCACCCACAUCAGUAACAGUCAUGGUUGAUGAGUUCAUUUGUUCCAGUCGUUUGUUGUAUAAUUGAAGUGUUUAGUGGUUGCUUUUCUAUGAAAUGA